UGAGAGCGCAGUGCAGCAGCGCCCCCUUGUGCCUGACCGCAGUGUUAGCCUCCGGAUUGGCUGAGCAGUUGUUAGGACUGUUUACAGGAAACAUGGCUUCCAGGUCUGUUGGAGAGCUUCAAGAAAUGGAAGUGGACAGAAGGGGUGAGUCUGAGGAGUCUGGUGAUGAUGAGACCAGGAGGAGGAGUAUCAAUGGCGACGUGGACCCCAAUCAGCCCGCUACCACAAGUAAAGAAGAGUCUCCUGUUGACAUGGACACCAUAACAUUGGAUCCAGAGGAAGAGGAUGUUGAUCUCGUUCAUUGCCGUAUUGGGAAGAUUGAAGGAUUGGAGGUGUUACAGAAGGCUAAAACACUCUCCUUACGCCAGAAUCUCAUCAAAAAGAUAGAAAACCUCGACAGUCUGAACUCACUGCAGGAACUAGAUCUCUAUGACAAUCAGAUCCGCAAACUGGAGAACCUACACCACCUCACAGAGUUGGAGCAGCUCGACGUAUCCUUCAACCUUCUGAGGAAGGUGGAGGGUUUGGAGCAGUUGACUCGGGUGAAGAAACUGUUUCUGCUACACAACAAAAUUAGCAGCAUUGCCAACCUGGAACACUUAACAAGCCUGGAGAUGCUGGAGCUGGGCUCCAAUCGCAUCCGGGUCAUAGAGAACCUGGAUACACUUGCGUCUUUGCAGAGUUUGUUUCUUGGCACCAAUAAAAUAACUAAACUUCAGAAUCUGGAGGGUUUACACAACCUGACUGUUUUAAGCAUUCAGAGUAACCGGAUUACUAAAAUUGAGGGUCUACAGAACCUUGUCAGCCUGAAAGAGCUCUAUCUGAGCCACAAUGGCAUUGAGGUCAUUGAGGGCUUGGAGAACAAUAAAAAGCUUACAACCCUGGACAUUGCAGCCAAUCGAGUAAAGAAAAUUGAAAACAUCAGUCAUCUGACAGACCUGCAGGAGUUCUGGAUGAACGAUAAUCAGAUAGAUAACUGGUCAGAUCUUGAUGAGUUGAAGAACGCCAAGUCUCUGGAGACGGUCUAUCUCGAAAGAAACCCUCUACAGAAGGAUCCACAAUACCGGCGGAAGAUCAUGCUGGCGCUGCCCAGUGUACGCCAGAUCGACGCUACCUUCAUCCGCUUCUAAACUGCAGUGUACAGUUCACCUGCCAACUUGUGUUCGCCCUCACCUCCCAGCCUGCCCUACCUACAAACACAGUGUUCAUCUUGAAACAAGCUGGCCUCACUGAAUCAUAUAGUCACUCCAUACACAGAUAUACAUUCCAACAUCUCACUCACCCAUGGCUCACUCAACAUGCAUGUAUGCACUCAUUCACACCUUGAUCUAUGCUACUGUGGGGGAAGCUUAUUUAUUGAACUGUAUGAACUGUUAAUAUGAUUUUCCUUAAAAGUACCCUUCACCCAUUUC